GUUUCCUCAGCUGUGGGGAAACUGACAGGACCAAAGAAAACAGCCACAAGUUGCACCAGGGGACGUUUAGAUUGGAUUUGAGGGGAAAUUUCUUGGCUGCAAGGGUUGGAAAGGCUGCCCAGGGCAGCGGUGGAGUCCCCAUCCCGGAGGGUGUCCCAAACACGGGUGGAUGUGGCACUCGAGCAGUGGUGACCGUGGGGACGCUGCUGUGAUGGCCUCAAUGAUCGCGGGGAUCCUUUUUUCCAACCAUACCGAUUUCACGAUUCUGUGGCAAACUGGAAAUGCUUCUCCCCCUCCUCAGUGGGAGCCGCUCUUCAAAAACAUUCAAGCCAAAGAAGAACAUUCCGGAAGGAUCCCACCAGUAUGAGCUCCUCAAACACGCUGAGGCCACGCUGGGCAGCGGCAACCUGCGGCAGGCCGUGAUGCUGCCCGAGGGGGAGGACCUCAACGAGUGGAUUGCUGUCAACACCGUGGAUUUCUUCAACCAGAUCAACAUGCUGUAUGGGACCAUCACGGAGUUCUGCACCGAGAGCAGCUGCCCUGUCAUGUCUGCAGGGCCCAGGUACGAGUACCACUGGGCCGAUGGCACCAACAUCAAGAAGCCCAUCAAGUGCUCAGCGCCCAAGUACAUCGAUUACCUGAUGACGUGGGUGCAGGACCAGCUGGAUGACGAGACCCUCUUCCCUUCCAAGAUCGGCGUUCCCUUCCCCAAGAACUUCAUGUCGGUGGCCAAGACCAUCCUGAAGCGGCUGUUCAGGGUCUACGCCCACAUCUACCACCAGCACUUCGACUCGGUAAUGAGGCUGCAGGAGGAGGCUCACCUCAACACCUCCUUCAAACACUUCAUCUUCUUCGUGCAGGAGUUCAGCCUGAUCGACAGGCGGGAGCUGGCUCCUCUGCACGAGCUGAUUGAGAAGUUGGGCUCCAAGGACAGAUAAAACCCCCCGGGAGGACCCUUCUGGCCGCUCCUUUUCUGCUUCUUCAGCCACCUCCACGCUUGGCUCCAGAGACUGGACAGCACCGAGUGGCCUCAGUGCUGCUGCACAGGCCCUGCUGGGCUGGGUGGAGGUGGAGCAAGUUCUGUCCUGCACUGGAGCAGGUUCUGUUCCAGCUGCUGCCCAGAGCUCCUCUCUGGACUCUCCAGCCCAAGAGCACACCCGGAGCAGCUCAGCUUAUUUUUGGGAGCGCUUUUUUUUUUGUUUGGGUUUUUUCUGGAUAAAAGAGGUGCACUUUGGCCCAGAGCCUUAAGCUCCCCGUGGGGGGUGAGGAGAAGUGCCUGGCCCCAGUGUGGGCUGUCCCUGUCCCCUGUCCCUGGGUGGGAGGAGCAGCUCUGGCAUGUCCCACGGGUCCCUCCUGUGUGGCAAAGGCAAUAAUAAUAAACUUUCUUCCUGCUCUUCUUUCAGAGGAA